AUGUCUUUUUCGAGAAGAGUUUCUAGAAAGAAACAGUUGUUGGAGAAGGCAAAUGAGGCCAAGUGGUCCCUAGGAGAUGAGGGUUUCCCCCCACUACCUGGGACAACCGUCACGGCCUCCCCAGACCCCAGUUGUGCAGUCUCCUGGACACAUGUCCAGGCUGUCCUUCACGGUGCAGACGCUAUCUGCCCGGGGGUCUCUCACCGAGUCACGUUCGCCGACUUCUCAGCGAUAAAAAGCCACAUCGUUAUCAGAAGAGGCUGGGAACUCUUGAUCCGCAAAUUGCCGUUCCAACGUCUGGAGCGCGAGAGCUCCGCCGUCAUGGCGUUGCAAGAAGCUAAUGAGGCGUACUUGGUGGGUCUGUUCGAAGACGCCAAUCUUUGCGCAAUCCACGCCAAGCGUGUCACGAUCAUGCCACAAAAGACAUCCAGUUGGCCCGUCGUAUCCGCGGUGAACGUGCCUAACCUGAUCAUCGGUCAUUAGUUAUCAUCAUCAUACCUUAAAAAGGCCCUUAUCA